AUUUUUCUCUAUGCGCGAUAUAUGUUCUGCAGCCGCAUACUAGCCUUUAUCAUUUGUUUACGCUCUGGCGCUGCAAUUAAAGAUGUUUCUUCGGCUAAAAGGUUAAAAACUAAUUGCGGCAAAAUUGGGCGUGUGGAAGUUAUGUGGAGACGCCACGAAGAGCCAGAAUUUAAAGAUAAAAGCGUCGUCCGCUAACCAUGUUGCCCACGUACGAGCGUCUGAACGAGCCCAAACGGGUCUUCUUUCGCAUAACAUUUGCCCGGCUGUCGGUGACAGCGCUCAGUUUGCCAUUGAGCGCGUUUUGUUUUUGUGUGGUGUGGUCGCUGGUAUUUGACUUUGUACGCUCCACGUUUACGCAUUGCGACGUGGCCAACUACUUGCCCUCGGUAUCGGCGGCAAUUGGAAAUUAUGAGCCACAAAAAACUGUGUGGCGUUUGGCCAUCAUAUUGCAUCUGCCAUUGCGUCUGACUGUGACUCGCAUGUACUUGGAAUACUAUAGGGAGCAUAUCAAGCGCAAUCGUCGCAUGUUUGGCAUCUUGGCCUGCACGCUGAAUGUCAUCGAGAAUUUCGCUCUGUUCUGUUUGUCGCUAUGGACAUCGGCAGACAAUUAUGAGAUCCAUCGCAAUUCGUUUGUGGUGUUCAUAGCCUGCAGUGAAUGCUAUAUGUUGAUGUCAUAUCUGUUAAACAGGAGUGCCCGCAAAUCCGUUCUUCUGCCACAUGAGGAGAAAUCGUUGCGCUACAAACGAAAUCUCUUUCUGAUCAACGUGCUUGCAUUUGGCCUCGCAGGCUAUUGUUUCAUGCGGCACAACGCACGCUGUGAGGCUGGUGUUUACACAUUCUUCGCGCUCUUCGAGUAUAUUGUGGUGCUUACGAAUAUGGGCUUCCAUAUGACAGCCUAUUGGGACUUUCAUUCGUUCAGCAUUCAUUGCGAUGCGCGAAAUGGAUUCCAUAUAAUGCGCUAUUAGCUUGACUUAGUUAAAGGAAAGUC